AUGUUUGAAUAUUUGGAUGAUGGUGAUACACAAUAUGUUUCGUUUAAUUGUGGUUGGAUCCAAUUACAAGAUCCUUCGAGAAUUGAACAAUUUCUUGUUGAGAUGGCACCAUCUAAAAUUAACGAUUCCAUGGGCUUUAAAUGGAUAUCCGUGUACAAUCCAUCGAAAGCGGAAAAUUAUGAAAUACCAAACGUCAGUGCCCUACGUCAAGAAUAUCAACAACUACGACAACUCAAUUUAUUCCAAAUAGAGCGUUUAGCAAGAAAAUACAAUGUGUUGAGUGGAAAAUGGAUGUGUUUUGUGCCAACAUCACACGUUGACUACGUUUGGUCGUGUAUUGCUCGUGCUGUUGUCCAAGGCCGCCUCGGAUAUUUAGCAAAAGUAGCCGUAUCCCAACGCGGUGGUUCAGUAAUUCAUGUUAUCUGCGUCUAUACAAACAAUUACUUGGAUUCGGUAGAAAGAAAGAUUAUAAAAUAUGAGUUGAAAAAUAUUUUAAUCGAAGCGAACACGAAUGUUCGUCGACUGUCGUACAAACCUGAUAUUUAUACACAUCUGGGUAUUUAUCAAAAUCAUCCUGUUUUUUCUGAAACUAUUGACUGGAUAAGAUGGUGA